CAAGGAUUCAUUAAUUCUACAGCUCAGACAGGAUCUCGACUACAGACAGUGAGGAACCCAAUCACCUUACACCAUGCUGCAGCUGCAAGGAAGUGAUCCUCUGCUCCUGGUUCUUAUCCUGGCCAUCCUGCAGGUAGACUCCGAGAAUGCGGGCACUGAGCUGAAUAAUCCUGCCAACAGCAGCAUCAGCCCCUGCUCCCCUUUCUGUGAUGGGAUAGAAAAUUCCACUGACAUGAACAGAGAAGAAGACUACGUCACAUUAGAUUAUAUUGAUUAUGAAGAGCGAUGUGGGAAACAAGAUGUCCGGGUCUUCCGUUCCCACUUUCUACCACCCAUGUACUUCAUUAUCUUCUUCAUAGGGUUGGCUGGAAAUGGUCUGGUCAUGCUAAGAUACUUGUACUUCAAGAGACUAAAGACAGGAACAGACUACUACAUGCUGAACCUGGCUAUUGCAGACAUUGUUUUCCUCUUAACCCUUCCUUUCUGGGCAGUAAGCAUCAGUUACAAUUGGGUUUUUGGCAGUGAGAUGUGUAAGGUUACAUUCUGCCUGUCCAAGAUGAGCUUUAUCAGUGGGAUGUUCCUGCUCAUGAGCGUGAGCAUUGAAAGAUACUUUGCAAUAGUCCAAGCACCCUCUGCUCAUCGUCACAGAGCUAAGACUGUGCUCAUCAGCAAGCUUACCAGUGUUAGCAUCUGGGUCCUGGCCUUCACUUUCUCCAUUCCUGAGUUGAUCAAUAGUGACAUCAGGAACAUAAAAGGAACAGACGUUUGCACCAUAUACUCUGCAAAUUUACAAAGUCUAGAAGUAACACUGAAGAUUACCCAGAUGGUCUUAGGAUUCCUUCUACCCUUUAUCAUCAUGUCCCUUUGCUAUAGUAUGAUUAUCAGAACACUGCUCCGGGCACGUAAUUUUGAGAAAUACAAAGCCAUCAAGGUCAUCAUCGCCAUAGUCAUUGCAUUUGUCAUCUUCCAACUGCCAUACAACAGUGUGAUGUUGGUGAAGACCUUAUACUACAACACCUCUGUGUGUACUCAGAUCAAAAAAUUGGAUAUAGCUGAUGAUGUAACCUACAGCCUUGCAUGUUUGCGUUGUUGUCUUAACCCUUUUCUCUAUGCCAUCAUUGGAGUCAAGUUCAGGAAUGACAUGUGUACAUUCUUCAAAGAUUUGGGCUGCUUAAGUAAUGAGAAGUUUUCCCAAUGGUCUACAGCCAAACCAAGCAAGAGAAGCUCUUUUGCAAUGGACACAGAGACAACCACCACCUUUUCUCCUUGAUAUUACAGUGCUACCACAAACAUUUCACACGUCAUUGAGAUGACCACCCAAUAUGGUACCCCAAAAACGGUCUUCUAGAGGUGUGGUCCUCUCAAAGAAGAGUGCAACUGUACAUAGGAAACUAAAAAUCCCUCUUAGAAUGAUGAAGUCUAGAUCAUGGGUGGUGUUCUCAAAGAGGUAGUCUUCUGGAAAGUUUUCACUGAAUGUUUUUCUUUUUAAUUGAAAAAAAAUAUUACUAUGAGUUUUGCUCUUUAAAGUUUGACAUUCAUCUUUGCUUUUGAACUUUAUGAUCAGCAAAAUGGAUCGUCUUCACGAAACUCAGAAACUAUAACUUUCUAUCUGAUGCACUGGGAAAGUUUACAUUUGUCACGUUUUCAUCUCAUCAGUUUCUAGUUGACUGAUUCUUACUGACCUUAUCACAUAAUAAAUUCCAUAGCAGCCUCCAAUUCUGUUGUGAUAUUAAUAAGUUCUAAUUCUAACUAAAAAGAAUUGUCUGCAGGGAACUCCCUAAAAUUAAUUUGAUAGUUAUAAACAAAAUAUAUAUAUAUAUAUAUAUAUAUAUAUAUAUAUAUUUUUUUUUUUUUACAAUAUUUUGCAUAAGCUAUUAAAUUUAAUGGGGCUGUACAUGAUUAUAAAUACAUAGCUGUUUACAGGUUGUGUGUGGUAUUGUGGCCAAGUCCUUUGUUAUUUAAGGGAGCUGAGCUGCAGUACCAGACACAAUCAACGGACAGGUGUGGCACCUUUUCUAGAAGAAAGGAGACAUGUUAGUCUACUUCAGUAGACGGUCUUCACUAUCUGAUAGUGUCCUAAACCCCGCAUCCUCAGAGACAGUUGUAAUGCAGUAGCUCCAGCUCCGGAAGUGGGCACAAAAGCUACCCAACUCUGCUUCAAUUCAAUGGAAGUUGUGUUGCAGUAAACAGCUCUGUCCACUGCACAAUGGACAGAGCUGUGGAGUUCUGGAACCAACUUCCAGUGCUGGAGCUACUGCAACAACCAACGGACCACUGCCGAUCAGACAGUCAUGGUGUAUCCUGAAGAUAGGCCAUUACUAGGAAAGGAGCGAACAACCCCUUUAAGGAACCAUUAACCUCACCUUAUUAAGGCCUCAUUAACAUGAUUAAGCAGAUCACAAAGGGUCCUCUUGCUGGGACCACCAGCAAUCAGCUGUAAUCAAUGGGUGGACAGAACAGUAGGUGUUAAAUUUCCCUGCAGCACCACCACAGUUAAAAUUAAGCAUUGCACAGUACCCAUUUAAAUCAAUGGUUCGUCUAUGUAAGGCUAGGGCUACACUGCGACAUGUGUCACACCAA